UGGCAGGCGAACCGGAAGUGCGGCGCUGGAGGCGCCCGAGGCGAAAGGAGUUGGAAGCCAGGGGCGGGAGCGAGGUUUCCAGCGGCGUCUCUCGGCCUUGCUCGGAGGCUCCCUGGGCCGCUUCGCCAUGGCCGGCACCGCGCUCAAGCGACUCAUGGCGGAGUAUAAACAGCUGACUCUGAAUCCACCAGAAGGCAUAGUAGCCGGGCCUAUGAAUGAAGAAAAUUUCUUUGAGUGGGAAGCAUUAAUAAUGGGGCCAGAAGACACUUGCUUUGAAUAUGGUGUUUUUCCUGCUAUUUUGAGCUUUCCUCUUGAUUAUCCUUUAAGUCCUCCAAAGAUGAGGUUCACAUGUGAGAUGUUUCAUCCCAAUAUUUACCCAGAUGGGAGAGUAUGCAUUUCUAUUCUUCAUGCUCCUGGGGAUGAUCCUAUGGGCUAUGAGAGCAGCGCAGAACGAUGGAGCCCUGUACAAAGUGUAGAGAAGAUCCUCUUGUCUGUUGUCAGCAUGCUGGCGGAACCAAAUGAUGAGAGUGGAGCCAAUGUGGAUGCCUCUAAAAUGUGGCGGGAAGACAGAGAGCAAUUCAACAAAAUAGCCAAGCAGAUUGUCCAGAAGUCACUUGGGCUUUAAACAGGAACGUGAACCCUGAAAUGUUUGACAAUCGAAGUGUUGAAUUUUUUCAUACAGCUAGACAAAUGUAAAAUGUGGUGGUAUCAAAAGGCAAGUCUUGCAAAAUAUUGACUAGGUUUCAUUAUCCUGUUCCCCUAUAUGCAUUCCCAUCUUUUUCUCUAUGAAAAAGAAAUGUCUCUCCCGCUAAGACAUAUCUGUGUCUGGAAUACAACUGAAUUUAGUUUAGCAGAAGACUUUCCUGGCGGAAACCAGGGAACUUUACAUUAUAUUCAUCUUUUCACUUAUAGUGUGAAUAUUUUUGUAGUGAGAUUGAGAAGGGCUAUCUAUUUAAAAGUGCUCAAAAGCAUAAAAUUGUUUUUAAGCACAAUGGGAAUCAGAUUUUUGGAAAUGCAAAACUGCCCUGUAAGAAGACCUUUCUUCUUUAACGUAAGAGGAACUUCUUGCCUCCUAAACACUACAAAACAGCUUCAUCUUGAAAUUCAAUAGAAACCUAAUUAAACUUUUGGACGAGAUUGCUUUAUGAGCAAGAGAUUUACUCUUUGAAACAGGAGUAAAUCAGUGAUGAUGUGGUCAAUGUAAUCAGUAUUUUUCCUCAGGAUAACGCAUUCUUCUUCCCUAAAUGAGUAACUCCUUUGGCAGCUGCUUAUGAAUAACAUCAAACACCUCAUGAAACACAAAUCGAACUUAUUACAUCCCCAUCAGGUUUGAUGUUAUCGGAAUAAUAUUCCUAUAAGUAUUGACUUCCUCAAACCUGUCUCCCUGCCCGAGACAGAUGCUGGAAACAACAUGUCUAUUGAUGUUGCAAAAGAGCAAUCACUACCAGGUUAUUUUUCAGUUCCAAAUUGGCAGAAGUUGUUCUAAAAUGAAAGGGUGUCUUGUCUUUCCUGUGAAAGAAAACUUAGUGAACAAAAUCCAGCAUUAAUACUUCUGAAUUGGCAGGAAUUGGUGGUUCUUAGCAUCUAUUAUUGGAUUCUCUUUCUGGAGCUGUGGAAUUGGUCUUGAUGACAACUGUUUAAAAUACCUGUGUAUUUGUACCAUAGGAAUGAAAAAUAGUGCUCUGUUCUUGUUAACUGAAGGAACUGGGCAUUAAAGAACCUUCCUUGUAUUUCAUUUCCAGGUUGCAGAGCAGCUCCCAACCAUCUUUUAUAAUGCAAUAUGGCUACCCAUUUGGUACUACUUUGGAGUGCCAAGUUACAAGCUUAUAUUACAAGAAAUAUGAUGGAUGGCUCUUGUAAGAAGUCAGUUAUUCUUAUAGUAUUUACACUUGAAUCAGACUUUCAGAUGUAAAUAGAUAACAAUGAAGGAGUCCGUCAAUAGAAUGUUUUAUUAUGACAGUUCACAUGAUAUAUUUCCACAUUGAACAUCAUUUGACAGCCUUUGUUCAACUUAUACCAUGUGUAGAUCUGUAAGAUUAAGUGAGAGACAAUUGGCCAAUCCAGAUAUUACUACCGUAGCAUGCCUUCCAGUGAAAAUAGCUUGCAUGCCCUAACUGAUCCACAGGGAAAACUGAAUCCAGGCAUGGAAGCAGGCUGUACGAAGAUCUUACUCCGUGAGAGUGGUUUUCCGUGAGAGGAGUGCCAUUGGAGCAGUGUCAGUAUCGCACUUAGAUUAUUUCCUGUUUAGGAAGUUUUGGGGAAGAGAUGUAGCUUUGAGUAUGGCCUGGAAUGUUUGGAUUGAAUAGGUAUUAGUAUUUGUCCAGUAUGCCAUCCACAGCUGUCGCUGAUCUCUUCACAUAGAAGAGCUUAUUAAAAGAUCGAGUAUAACUUGAAGAACAAAACAUGUCAGCAAUAUUCUAAUGUAUGAGUGUAUUGCUUAAUGGUUAUUAAAAAUUGAUAUGACAGCUAUCCUACUCUUAUACAGUGUUCAUGUAUUUAAAAUAUGUUGUUUUAUAAUGGACACAUUCUCUUAAUGAAAAUAAAUGCAUAUUUUCCUUAAAA